AGGGAGCCCAGUCCUCCUGGUCGGUAGGAAGGAGCAAAGUGAAGGAGAUCCAGGAGGCAGCGGAAUGUUUCUCCUCCUUUCAAGCUGCUAGAAAGAAUCUCCGCUGAGCGUUAAAGUCAUGGCUGCCUCUGAACUUUACUCCAAGAAUGCCCACGUUUGGCUCCCAGAUGCAGCAGAAGUUUGGAAAUCUGCAGAGCUCCUCAAAGACUACAAUCCUGGUGACUCGACUCUGUCUUUGCAGCUGGAAGAUGGAACGGUUUUGGAGCACAGAAUAGACCCCAAAACCCCAAACCUGCCCCCUCUCAGAAACCCCAACAUCCUGGUGGGAGAGAAUGACCUCACGGCUCUCAGCUACCUCCACGAGCCGGCCGUGCUGCACAACCUUAAAGUGCGCUUUAUCGACUCCAAGCUGAUUUACACCUACUGUGGAAUUGUUCUGGUUGCUAUCAAUCCCUAUGAGAGCCUGCCUAUCUAUGAAGCUGACAUCAUCAACGCCUACAGCGGGCAAAAUAUGGGCGAUAUGGACCCCCAUAUCUUUGCAGUAGCUGAGGAAGCAUACAAACAAAUGGCUCGUGGAGAAAGGAACUACCAUAUAUUUUAUCAGCUUUGUGCUUCUUCACAUCUGCCAGAGUUUAAAGCCUUCAAAUUAGGCUGUGCAGAAGAUUUCUGCUGCACUAACCAGGGUCAGAGUCCGGUCAUAGAUGGAGUGGACGAUGCCAGAGAAAUGUGCAGCACCAGGAGGGCGUUCUCACUACUAGGAAUCAAUGAAAGUGACCAACUGGACAUUUACCAAAUUCUGUCAGCUAUUCUCCAUCUUAGCAACGUGGAUGUUAAAGAGCAGUCAGCAGACAGAUGCAGCAUCCUGCCAGAUAACGCCCACCUGAUGGUUUUCUGUGAGCUCAUGGGGGUUCCCUGCGAUGAAAUAGCCCACUGGUUAUGCCACAAGAAACUCCAGACCACCACAGAAACCUUUGUGAAGCCUGUUUCCAAAGUAAACGCGGUGCAUGGCAGGGACGCGCUGGCCAAACACAUCUAUGCCAGACUCUUCACCUGGAUCGUGAGCAGCAUUAACGCCGCCCUGACCUCUACAGUCAAACAACGCUCGUUCAUUGGCGUGCUCGACAUCUACGGGUUUGAAACGUUUGAUGUCAACAGCUUUGAGCAGUUCUGCAUCAACUACGCCAACGAGAAGCUCCAGCAACAGUUCAACCUGCAUGUCUUUAAGCUGGAGCAAGAGGAAUACAUGAAGGAGGAGAUUCCCUGGACAUUGAUUGAUUUCCAUGACAACCAGCCGUGCAUUAAUCUCAUUGAGGCCAAGCUUGGUGUUCUGGACCUUCUGGACGAGGAGUGCAAAAUGCCCAAAGGCUCUGACGACACAUGGGCUCAGAAACUGUACAACACCCACUUGAAGCAGAGCGCUUACUUUGAUAAACCCCGGUUAUCAAACAAAGCUUUCAUCAUCCACCACUUUGCUGACAAGGUGGAGUACCACUGUGUUGGAUUUCUGGAGAAAAAUAAGGACACAGUCAACGAGGAACAGAUAAAUGUGCUGAAAAAGAGCAAGUUUGAUCUGCUGCUGAAGCUGUUUGAGGAUGAAGAAAAGAAUAAAGCAUCGACUAACAAGUUAUCCAGUUCUGGAAGAGCUGGCAAGGCUCAAAGGGACACCAAGAAGACUGUUGGACUGCAGUUUCGACAGUCUCUACACUUACUAAUGGACACAUUAAAUGCAACAACGCCCCAUUAUGUGCGCUGCAUCAAACCAAAUGACAUUAAAGCUCCCUUCACUUUGGACCCUGUGAGGGCUGUGCAGCAGCUCCGAGCGUGUGGCGUCCUGGAAACGAUCCGUAUCUCUGCAGCAGGAUUCCCUUCUAGGUGGACCUACCAGGAAUUCUUUGGCCGUUAUCGGAUCCUCAUGAAGCAAAAGGAAGUGCUGCCAGACAGGAAACAAAGCUGCAAAAACCUCCUUGAAAAACUCACCCAGGACCAACAGAAGUACCAGUUUGGCAAAAACAAGAUCUUCUUCAGGGCCGGCCAGGUGGCUUACUUGGAGAAGUUGCGUUCUGACAAACUGCGUUCAGCUUGCGUCAGCAUCCAGAAGACGAUCCGCUGCUGGGUCGCUCGCAGAAAGUAUCUGAGGAUGAGAGAGUCCGCCAUCAUCAUUCAGAAGCAUGUACGGGCCCACCAAGCACGCAGUUAUGUGCAGUUUCUGCGGAAGACCAAAGCAGCUAUUGUUAUUCAGAGCAAUGUGCGAAUGUGGUCUAAAAAGAGACGUUUCCUGCAGCAGCGCUCUGCAGCUGUCACCAUUCAGCGGGUUUGGAGGGGUCACAUGGCGAGAAAGCAGUACUUCAAGCUGCUGUUUGAGAGCAAAGCAUUGGUAAUUCAGAAGACGGUUAGAGGCUGGCUGGCGAAGCAGCGUUUCCGGCGCGCCAUGGAGGCCGUGGUCCUGCUGCAGAGCUGCGUGCGCCGCAUGAGGGCCAAGAAGGAGUUAAAGAAGCUGAGAGUCGAGGCGCGCUCAGUGGAGCAUUUCAAAAAGCUCAACGUUGGCAUGGAGAACAAGAUCAUGCAGCUGCAGCACAAGAUCAACGAGCAGCAUAAAGAAAACAGAGAGCUCACAGAGAAGCUCAGCGUUCUGGAGAAGACCAACUCCACCGAGAGAGAAAAACAGAGCAGAGAGAUAGAAAACCUGCGUAAAUCUGAGCAGGAGGCCAGAGGUAAGGCAGAGACGGUUCCCUCGCUGCUGGAACAGCUGUCCUUCCUUCAGGAGGAGCUGGAAAAUACCCGCAGAGAGAAGGAGGAGCUGGAGGUCCACACAAAGACUUUGAAAGAACAGACCCGACAGACGAUCCAUGAGCUGAAUAUGAAGAACAGCUUGUUAAAAAGCAACAUAGAAGAACUAAACCAGGAAUUCUCCAUACAGGCUCAGCAGUUAACAGAAAUUAAAAAUACCUUGGAGAACAGCAAACAGCUGGAGAAGGACUUGACAGAAGAGCGCUGUCGCUACCAAAGUCUGCUGAGUGAACAUCUGCAACUGGAGGAACAACACAAGGAUCUCAAGGAGGAGAUGAGCGUCAGUGUGAUUUCUAGCAAAUUCAGCCACCAGAGAACGGACUCCAACUACAGCAGUAAUUCAUCUGAGUUUUCUCAAAUCUUGAGUUCCACUGAGGAUGAAGAGGGCUUCACUCAAGCAGAGGAUCCGUCUGAGAAGAAAGUGGACCUGCCCAUUCUUCUAAAGCUCCAGAGACGAGUGAAGGAGCUGGAGGAGGAAAAUCGAUCUUUAUGGCAUCAGCUGGAUAAAAAAGAGGAAGCUCAGCAGGAAAAAGCUAAGGAGGUGGAGAAGCAGACAACUGUUGGCAGAACAGAACUGGACGUAGAAAAAAUAAAGCGGCAAGAGCUGGAGUCAGAGAACAAGAGGCUGAAGCAGGAUCUCAGUGAGUUGCGGAAGUCUCUGACUAAUGAGAACAGUGAUUUGGCGCCCCCUGCUGCAGGUUCUUUGCCCUACAACAUUCUGCUGGAUCAACUCAGUUCUUCCAACGAGGAGCUGGAGAUGCGUAAGGAGGAGGUGUUGCUCCUCCGUUCACAUAUGGUUCGUCAGGAAGCUCUUAAACACAGGGACUCUGUACUCGGAGAAAGUGUGAAACUGGAUCUCAGUGAAAUCCACUCAUUCCAAGAUUCUGACAGUAUAAAUCCUACUGAACGAAUGGAGGAACAAGAAAAACAAGAUAAAACGAUUCGCAAGCUGAAAAAACAGCUUAAACUCUACAUGAAAAAAGUGGAAGAUCUGGAAGCAGUUGCUCAUCAGAUGAACACCUCCUCUGUGACGAGCACCCCUGUCACACAGGUGCACAUCACCCGCAAGGAGAAGGAGUUCCAGGGCAUGUUGGAGUUCAAGGAGGCCGACGCGGGACGCCUGUUAAAGAACCUGGUCUUAGACCUGAAGCCCCGUGGCGUGGCUGUCAGCUUCACUCCAGGGCUUCCUGCCUUCAUCAUCUUCAUGUGCGUUCGCUAUGCGGACAGCGUCAACGACGACAGGAGACUCAGCACUCUCCUCAACUCCACCAUCAGCAGCAUCAAAGGAGUCAUCAAGAGAAAAGGAAACGAUUUUGAAGUUGUCUGCUUCUGGUUGGCCAACGCGUGUCGGUUAAUGCACUGUCUGAAGCAGUACAGUGGGGAGGAGGCGUUUACGGUGCACAACACUGCUAAGCAGAACAAGCAAUGCCUGGCCAACUUUGAGCUGUCUGAGUACCAUCAGCUGUUUGGUGACCUGGCCAUCCAAAUUUACCGUCAGCUCAUCAAAAGCAUGGAGAACAUCCUGCUCCCCCUGAUAGAUCCAGAGUACAACAUUUGGCAGCUGGAGGAGUGGCUGGCAGAGAGGGAGCUGACUGACUGCGGUGCAAAGGAAACUCUGGAGCCUCUUGUUCAAGCUGCACAGCUUUUACAAAUCAAGAAGAGCACUGAAGCUGAUGCCCAGGCAAUCUGCAGCAUGUGCUCCUCCCUCACCUCAGCACAGAUUGUUAAAAUCCUUACCUUGUACACCCCGGUGAUUGAGUUUGAGGAAAGAGUGUCCAACUCCUUCAUCACCACUAUUAAAGACAUUUUGAAAGUCAGAGAUGAAUCUUCCAGCCUAAUGAUGGAUGCCAAGAAAAUCUUCUCUGUGACGUUCCCAUUCAGCCCUUCCCCUGUGCCUCUGGAGAGCAUUCAGAUCCCCACCAGCCUCAAUCUGGGCUUCCUCAUCCGAGUCUAGAUUCGACCUCUGCCACUUGCAUAACGUUUCUUAUCUCUGGUUUUGACGUGAAUAAAAAAAAAAAAGAUGUAGAAGUGCUUGAUCUCGACCUACGGAAACAGAACAGCAGCUCUGUACCAGGAAACCAACCAGCUCAAAUCAACUGUUUCAUUAAAACAAACUGAUCAAAUAUUAGACCAGAAGAUUUUU